AUGGGUUUAGAUGCUUCAUAUAUUGAGAAUAGUUCCUGGAAGAAGGAUCUCUUCAAGGGAAAGGUUGUCUUCGUCACUGGUGGUGCAGGCACCAUCUGUCGUGUGCAAACAGAAGCUUUAGUUUUACUUGGAGCCGAUGCCGCCAUUGUGGGAAGAAACGAAAAGAAAACAAACCAGGCAGCGGAUGAGAUCAGCCGCUUACGUCCAGGUGCCAAGGUUGUAAGUUGCCCCAACACAGAUGUGCGUGAUGUCCAAUCUAUAGCAAAAGCAGUUGAGAAAACUGUCCAGCAAUUGGGAAGAAUUGAUUUUGUGAUUGCAGGCGCAGCAGGAAACUUUUUGGCGGAUUUUAACCACUUGUCAUCGAACGCUUUUGCAUCAGUGGUGGGAAUUGAUUUGCUUGGAUCUUUCAAUACAGUGAAGGCGACGUUCAACGAGCUCAAAAAAUCAAGGGGUGCAAUUCUCUUUGUGAGUGCCACAUUGCACUACUAUGGUGUCCCAUUCCAGGUUCAUGUGGGAGCCGCAAAAGCGGGCGUGGAUGCUUUGUCAAACGCUUUAGCAGUAGAGCUUGGACCAUUGGGAAUCCGCUCUAACUGUGUGGCUCCUGGCGCCAUUGACGAAACAGAGGGUUUGGAAAGGUUGAUCAGAGACAAGGAGGCUUAUGUUAAAAACAUACCGCUCCAGAGAUUGGGUACCACAAGGGACAUUGCCGAUACUACAGUCUUUUUGUUCUCACCAGCUGCAAGCUAUGUGACAGGAACUGUACUGGUUGUCGAUGGUGCGGCAUGGCAAAACGGUCAGCUGACCAGUGCAAGCUUGUAUCCCGUUGAACUUACGAAGCGGAACACAGAGCCUGUGGCGAAGUUAUAG